AAGGGAAAUGAGAUCCAUUCCCCUGUUGGCUAUUCUACUCUGUUCAGUUUCGCAAGAGAAGCUACCCAGGAAAACUAGCCGUGUCAAGGCCUCUCGGACCAUUUGGCUUUCCGAACAAAUGUUCAACACCUGAAGCAGUCAGAAAAUCCUCCCCGCCUCAUAGCCAGACUCAAUUCCACGUAUUUCAGUUUCUCCCUCUCCUUCAUUCCAUGUGGGUGCAUGAUUCUUAACGUACACCCCUCUCGAGGAUUUCCUUCAGAUCGCAUUUAUCUUACGGUUGCUUUCAGCACUCGCUACAUUAAUCUCCCUAUGAUUGCUUCGCCUCUGCACUUCCAUUCCUUUUGCCUUCUUAGUUCUUCGGCGUUUGGCAGAUAGCGGGUCUUAGCAUUUCUGCCAUGGACACUCCUGCUAGGUUCCUGGUUGUUUUGUUGCUUCUCUGCCUCUUCGCUUCCUGGUCUUUCUCGAUUGAGAAUUUUCAUCAAGCCUUUCCUAUAGUGGAACCUGAUCCUGGUCAUACAAAACUUCGUCUUUCAAGAGAAGGGUUGGAAGUUAUUGAGAGAAUAACAAACCCAAUCGCAGCUGUGGGUGUGAUUGGGCCAUAUCGCUCUGGAAAAUCUUUUCUUCUCAAUCAACUUCUCUCUCUUUCUUGUUAUGAAGGAUUUGGUGUUGGACACAUGCGUGACACCAAGACAAAAGGAAUUUGGGUUUGGGGAACCCCUAUAGAAUUGGAUAUUGACGGGGUAAGGACUUCUGUCUUUUACCUUGAUACAGAAGGAUUCGAAAGCAUUGGGAAGUCAAACGUAUAUGAUGAUAGGAUAUUUGCUCUAGCAACUGUCUUAAGUUCUGUGCUUAUCUAUAAUCUGCCUGAGACAAUACGUGAAGCUGACAUCUCUCGAUUGUCUUUUGCGGUUGAGCUUGCUGAAGAAUUUUAUGGGAGAGUGAAGGGCCAAGAUGUUGCAUUUGAACCUGCCAAGCUCUUGUGGCUUAUUCAACGUGAUUUUCUACAAGGUAAAUCGGUGCAGGAAUUAGUGAAUGAAGCUCUUAGACGAGUUCCCAAUACUGAUGGGGACAAAAAUAUUGAUAUGGUUAACCAAAUCCGGGAUUCAUUGGCUAUCAUGGGAGACAACAGUACUGCCUUUAGCUUACCACAGCCACAUCUUCAGCGAACAAAACUUUGUGACUUGAAGGAUGGUGAACUUGAUCCAACAUAUGUUAAGAAAAGGGAGCAACUGAAAGAGCUUGUUGCUAGCAUCAUUCGCCCCAAGAUUGUACAGGGAAAAUCACUGAAUGGGAAGCAGUUCGUUUCCUUUCUGGAGCAGAUUCUCGAAGCCUUGAACAAAGGAGAGAUUCCUUCAACAGGUUCCCUUGUGGAGGUUUUCAACAAGGGUAUUCUUGAGAGGUGUCUAAAGCUAUACAGUGAAAGGAUGGCAAAAUUGCAUUUUCCACUUCCAGAGGAAUCAUUGCAGGAGGCUCAUGAAAAGUCUAGAGGGGAAGCAAUGCGGGCCUUUGAUGAGCAACAUUUUGGACGUCACCAUGCUAAGAAAUCAGUUGAGCAACUGGAUGAAGAAAUUCAGAAGGUGUUGAACAAUUUUGUUAUGCAAAAUGAAUAUCGAUCUUCAAAGCUCUGCGAGGCAUUGUACACCAGAUGUGAGGACAAAAUGGAUCAGCUUCAGGUUCUCAGGCUUCCUACCAUGGCAAAAUUUAAUGCAGGUUUCCUGCAGUGCAACCAAAGUUUUGAGCAUGAGUGCAUUGGGCCGUCAAAAACAAACUAUGAGGAACGCAUGAUGAAGAUGUUAAAGAAAUCUCGGGCUCUAUUUAUUAAGGAAUACAACCACAGGCUUUUCAAUUGGUUGGUGGCGUUCUCUCUUGUCAUGGUUGUUAUUGGCCGCUUUAUUAUCAAGUUCAUUUUGAUUGAAAUUGGAGCAUGGCUACUCUUCAUAUUUCUGGAGACAUAUACAAGGAUGUUUUGGUCAGCAGAAUCACUUUACUAUAACCCAGUUUGGCAUUUUAUAGUUGCGACUUGGGAAACUCUUGUUUACAGCCCAAUCUUGGAUCUUGACAGAUGGGCUAUACCGGUUUGUGUAAUGCUGUCAUUACUAAUUCUUUAUUGGCGGUGUUAUGGGAAGAGGAAAUAUGGAUCCAGAUGGCUUCUGCCUUUAUACAAUAGCCAUAAAAAUGGGUCAAACCGGUUAAGAACAGACUAAUAUUAGGUGGUAGCCUGCGGCGCAGAUCGCGAAAAAGAUGAUCAGGGGGCGAUUGACCACAGUGGCAGUUUCUGUAACAAAGCUCUUUCGAAAUUGAAUGCUUUGUGUGGCCAUAUAAAAUCUGUUGAUUUUACAAAAAUGUGUAUUACUUAAGUUAUUUACGUUGGAUUAUAGAGUGAAUUGGACAUUACCUGCCCUGUUCUGCCGCCCCCAUGACUUCACCUCGACUUGUGAACAAAGUUAAAAGGAGAGCGCGAAAUAGAGUUCAUUCUUUAUUCUUUUAUU